AUGAGUACUCUAAGUUGGAACUGCCGUGGCUUGGGUAAUCCACAGACAGUUCGCGAGAUUAUGGACCUAGCAUCCCGUAAGAAACCCGACUUUAUUUUUCUUAUGGAAACCAAGGUAGGCAGAGAGCAUGACGAAAGUAUUCGUGUCAAUCUUGGUUUCGAUGGUUUGUUUUAUGUUGAUCUUGUAAGGCUGGGUGGUGGCAUGGCCUUGUUGUGGAGGAAGAAUAAUACUGCGAAUCUCUUGAGUUUCCCGAAAAAUCACAUUGAUAUUAAAGUUAGUAUUGCAGGAUUCCCUGAGUGUAGGAUGACUUGUUAUUGUGGUUUCCCGGAGCGGCAGAGAAGGAAUGAGUCGUGGGAGUUAAUUAAAUUGCUUGCAUCAAAAUUUGACUUGCCCUGGGUGAUGAUUGGAGAUUUUAAUGACCUCCUGUUCCAGCAUGAGAAAAGAGGGGGUAAUCUGCAUCCGGAUAGGCUCCUACGCGGAUUUGGGGAUGCUAUUGAGAAAUGUGGGUUGUCCCAAAUGUCUAUGGGUGGUUACCAGUUUACUUGGGAGAAGGGUAAAGGCACAACAUCUUGGAUUGAGGAAAGGUUGGAUAAGGUACUGUCUACGAAUAGUUGGAAUUCUAUAGUGCUUGGAGCGAGGGUAACUAAUCUGUUAACUCGUAAGUCCGAUCAUUCAGUAUUAUUCCUGGAAAUCAGGGAUCCAUCUGGAGGGAGGAGUGGUAGGGGAAGGGGUUUUCGGUUUGAAUCUGCGUGGUUAUAUGACGAGGGGUGUAGGCGUGUGGUGGAGUCAUGGGCAGAAGGGAGGGAUAGGGGUUUCCAGAGUUGUGUUCAGUAUUGUGGUCAUCGAUUAUCUAGAUGGGGGGGGGGGGGGGGUGUUCGAUUCCAUAAAUUUGGGGAGAGGAUAAUGAGUUUAAAGAAGGCGCAGGAGUGUCUAAAAGGGUGUACGGACCCGGACUCUCUCCUUGAGUACCAGCAAUUUGAGGAACACUUGAGCCGGCUUGAGGCUCAGGAGGAUGCGUACUGGAGACAGAGGGCCAAGCAACACUGGCUCAGGAAUGCAGAUGCUAAUACAAGGUUUUAUUACAGGUAUGCCUCUCACCGAAAAAAGAAAAAUACUCUUACUACUCUUAUGAAUGAUGCUGGGGAUUGGGUGGAGGGGGAUGCCAUGACUCAGGUUAUAUUACAGUAUUUCGAUAAUAUUUUCUGCACUAGCCACCCUGAGAGUGGAGAUGUUAUAUUUGAGGGCGUGACUCCUCAGGUCACACAGUCUCAUAAUGAAUCUCUCAUACAUCCGUUUGAGAGGGAAGAGGUUAAGAAUGCACUGUUUUCAAUGUUUCCGGAUAAGGCACCUAGCCCGGAUGGGAUGAACCCAGGGUUUUAUCAGCAUUUUUGGGAUGUGGUGGGGAGGGAUGUGUCAGAUUUUGUGGUGGACUGCUUGGAUGCUCAGUCCUUUCCACCUGGUUUGAAUGAGACAGAUGUGGUUUUAAUCCCUAAGAAGGAAACCCCGGAAUUUGUGUCUGAUUUGAGACCAAUAGCUCUCAGUAAUGUGAUAUAUAGGAUCAUGGCAAAAAUGAUGGCAAAUAGAAUGAAACCAUUAAUGGAUGAAGUAAUCUCGGAGUCUCAGAGUGCAUUUAUACCGGAUCGACUUAUCACUGAUAAUAUUUUAAUAGCUGCGGAGGCAAAUGCUAAUGAGGCUGGGGCAGUUACAGAUUGUUUGGCUGUGUAUGAGAAGUUAUUGGGACAGGUGGUAAACUAUCAUAAAUCCAACAUAUGUUUCAGUAAAAAUACAUGUGUGGAGGAUAGGGAUGAGGUGUCGCAGAUCCUAGGUGUGGUGCAGGCUCCGAAUUUCGGUAAAUAUUUGGGGCUCCCUUCAUUUGUUGGAAGGAAUAAAAAGGCAGCUUUCUCAUAUAUUGAGGAUAAGAUCAGACAGAGGAUAGGGUCCUGGAUUAAGAAAUUACUAUCACAGACUGCAAUUGAGAGGACUAUGAAUCGUUACUGGUGGGGUACAGGUUCUGAACAUGGCAUCCAUUGGAAGGCAUGGGAUAGAUUAUGUAUCCCUAAAGAGUUUGGUGGUCUAGGUUUCAAAGAUUUGCGAGCCUUUAAUUUGGCAAUGUUGGGAAAGCAGGCAUGGCGAUGGUUGACGAAGGGUGACUCGUUGGUAGCCCAUGUAUAUAAAGCCAGGUAUUAUCCAAAGGAUUCUUUUUCUGAAGCAUGUUUGGGGAAUAAUCCUAGUUUUUGCUGGCGAAGUAUUAUGGCAGCGAAGGGGUUAGUUUGUGGAGGAGUUAUACGGAGAAUUGGAAAUGGAGAGUCUACUUUGAUUUGGGACUACCCGUGGCUUCAGGAGGAUGAUAUAUUUGAUCUAAUUGAUAUACCCCGGAUUGUGAAGAUACCUAUUUCCCCAGACGAUGAUGAUUCUUGGUAUUGGCAUUGGGAUCCAAGUGGCUGCUACUCAGUAAAGAAUGGAUAUAGGCUCAUUGUUGGAAAUCAUGAGGAUAAUGGUGGCACUUUUAAUAAAUGGCUCUCACUAUGGAAACUUAAGAUUCCCCCCAAGUAG